AUGAAAACAACGUAUGCUGAUGUACGAGAAGACGAAAGAGGUGUGCUAGAUCGUCAAUUCGCAAAGUGCGCCUUUUUCAAGCAUGACACUCGAUUCGAUUCACCACGACCUCGACCCACACGGCUUGCCAUCUUUGACUUUGACUCGACUUUAUUCUAUUCGCCUCUACUGAGUCCUACGAUAUGGCAUCCUACACUUGUAGGAGCCCUUACGACCGAAGGGUUAUGUGGACCAGGAUGGUGGAGAGAUAUUAAAAGUUUACAACUUGGAGCUGAUGUGGAACAAACACGAUGGCAAGGCUAUUGGAAUCCUGGUGUGAUGGUUGAAGUGCGAGCAGCCUUGGCAGAUCCAAAGACAUUGACGGUGUUAUUGACUGGAAGACGAGUCCAUCCAUUCUAUGAUCUGGUGUCAAAGAUGAUAAAGUCUCAAGGAUUGGAAUUUGAUAUGGUGUGUCUACGUCCUGAUCCAGAAGAACCUCAUGGCGCAUCUGUAUUCGAUUCAACAAUGGAUUACAAGUUAUCCUUCCUUUUGCAUUUAUUACAUACAUUACCCACCAUUCAAAGUGUCGACAUGUGGGAUGAUCGUCCGCCUCAUGUACGGCGUUUUCAAGCUUUUCUCGAUCAGCUAUGCUCGGAUCAAGGUCUCAUCAAGGAUGCUUCCGUCCAUGCCGUUCAUGGUGUACGUCCUCGCUACAAUCCAAAAUGGGAACAUGAUACAGUGGAGCGCAUCAUAGGACCCAGUAAACACUAUACCCUCGUUCCAGUCGCUUCUUCUACAGUCAUCACGCUCGAUUCAGCCACCAUCACCAAUCUCACAAAUCGCUUUCAUUACAACCCUCCUCCAAAAAUGACCGGUGAAGUCCCUGUUUUAUUUGCUGACACCAUUGUCCUUUCGCUCAAGCCAUUAUCCAAACAUCAUGUCCCUUUUGGUGGUAUCGGUACGCAUGUGCAAGCAAAGGUGGUUGCUCUCUACGAACAUCGUUUCCGUGGCUUGUUUCUCAAAGUGCGUGUGCGAGAUGUGGAUGAUGAUGAGGAGGAGGAAGAAGAAAGAAGCUAUAGCGAAGACACCUAUUGCUUACCCCUUUAUUUCAAACCUUCCGAACGAUCGCACUUGUCCCGGUUUCAAGAAUGGCAAUGGGAACCUGUACGGCCAAUGGAUCAAAUGGUACUCCAUGGAAUAGUCGAUUACUCUUAUCUUUACGGCCUUGAUACCCCCAUCAAACAUCCAAAACGUAAACGGGACAAUUAA